CUCCUAUAAAUAAAUUUCUCGCCACCCCUGUUGAACAAUAUACAUUUCUCAACAAAUUCAAACAACAAGAGAAUUUUGUUUUCAAGAGAUGGUUGGAAUGGAGAGUUAUGGAUACAAUGCACCAAUGUCGAAGAAGACAGGUGCAGCUUAUGAUGUCCCAGAGGGUGUUGAUAUCAGGGGACGAUACGAUGCUGAGUUUGCCAGAAUUCUUACCAAGGAUGCUCUGCAGUUUGUUGCUGGAUUGCAGAGGGAGUUCAGGAACCAUAUUAAGUAUGCAAUGGAGUGCAGAAAGGAGGCCAAGGAACGGUACAACAGCGGGGGCUUGCCAGGGUUUGAUCCUGCCACGAAGUACGUCAGGGAAGGGGAGUGGAUGUGUGCUCCUGUGCCAUCAGCGGUGGCUGAUCGCAGGGUGGAAAUUACGGGGCCGGUUGAGAGGAAGAUGAUAAUCAAUGCACUCAACUCGGGAGCUAAGGUUUUCAUGGCUGAUUUUGAAGAUGCACUUUCACCGAGCUGGGAAAAUCUUAUGAGAGGGCAAGUUAAUUUAAAGGACGCUGUUGAUGGGACGAUAAGCUUCCAUGAUCAGGCUAGGAACAGGGUCUACAAGCUGAAUGAUCAGACUGCAAAGCUUUUCGUCCGCCCAAGAGGUUGGCACCUACCAGAGGCCCACAUCUUCAUUGAUGGAGAACCUGCAACUGGUUGCCUUGUGGAUUUCGGCUUGUACUUCUACCAUAACUAUGCAGCCUUCCGACGAAACCAAGGUGAAGGGUAUGGACCCUUUUUCUAUCUUCCAAAGAUGGAAAACUCAAGGGAAGCUAAAAUCUGGAACAAUGUUUUCGAGAGGGCAGAGAAAAUGGCUGGAAUAGAAAAGGGAAGCAUCAGAGCUACUGUUCUGAUUGAAACACUUCCCGCUGUUUUCGAAAUGGAUGAAAUUCUUUAUGAACUAAGGGAUCAUUCUGUUGGAUUGAACUGUGGUAGAUGGGAUUACAUAUUCAGCUACGUCAAGACGUUCCAGUCCCACCCUGAUCGCCUGCUACCAGACAGGGUACUUGUUGGCAUGAAUCAGCACUUCAUGAGAAGUUACUCCGAUCUUCUCAUCAGGACCUGCCACAGGCGUGGUGUGCACGCUAUGGGAGGCAUGGCUGCUCAAAUUCCAAUCAGGGAUGAUCCGAAGGCCAAUGAAGCAGCUCUGGAACUGGUGAGGAAGGAUAAACUGAGAGAGGUAAUGGCAGGACACGACGGAACUUGGGCAGCACAUCCAGGCUUGAUCCCGGCCAUCAUGGAAGUCUUCACCAACAACAUGGGCAACUCUCCCAACCUAAUUAAAACCGUGAAACGUGAGGACGCAGCAAACUUGACUGAAGAAGAUCUUAUACAGAGGCCUAGAGGAGUCCGAACCAUGGAAGGACUCAGGCUCAAUACCCGUGUGGGAAUCCAAUACGUAGCUGCAUGGCUCACAGGGACAGGAUCCGUCCCUCUCUACAACCUCAUGGAGGAUGCAGCUACCGCUGAGAUAAGCCGAGUCCAGAACUGGCAGUGGAUAAAAUAUGGCGUGGAAUUGGAUGGAGAUGCAAUGGGAGUCAAAGUGACAAGAUGCCUCUUUGGGAGAGUGGUUGAAGAAGAGAUGGCUAGAAUCGAGAGGGAAGUAGGACGCGAAAAGUUCAAGAAGGGAAUGUAUGCAGAGGCUAGCAAGAUUUUCACUCGACAAUGCCUGGCACCGGUACUGGAUGAUUUCCUGACAUUAGAUGCUUACAAUCGUAUCGUCAUCCACCAUCCCAAGACAUCAUCCAAGCUCUGAGCUCUGAACAAGUUUCUAUCUUUCAGAAACCAUAAAUAAUACAGGAUCAGCGGAGAUCUUGUUACAAUGUAAGUUUCUUUGGUCACCUAUGUAUCCCAUUCUGUGAGUACUGUUGUUCCUGCUACUACGAAUAAUGUAAUUGCAGCUGUUUGUUCUAUCAAGAUAGUCUCUCUUCUAAA